AGAUGUCGUCACAUCAUAAGUCCGUUAGAGCAGAUGCGCUUUUCGCGAGCGCGCAGUCAGGCCAGAAGAGGGUAGUAUCGCUCAUCUUUCCUCCAGUCAACACCCACGAACCCUGAACGACCCCGCCUGAAACAGAGUCCUGCAAAUGGGAGAAGCUCUUAUAGCCUUCUGCCUUUACCCAGCCAAUUAAGUCGUCUGAAAUAGGGCGGUGAGAACAUCUCGACCCACUCAACUUCAGUGAAGUCCUGUCAGAGAAACUCGGCGCAGGUGGAGACGGAGGGAAGUGUCUUCGGGGCUCGUUGUCAGUUUGAAUGAGACCAACCAUGGCGCCCAGUCAGGGUUCCAGGAUGCUCAGUAAAGAUGAUGCCAAUUAUAAACUUCACUUUCGGAUGAUAAACGAGCAACAAGUGGAGGAUAUCACCAUUGAUUUCUUCUACAAACCGCACACCAUUACAUUACUGACGUUCACCGUCUUCAGCAUAAUGUACUUUGCGUUUACGAGGGAUGAUGGUGAUUCUGAUAAUAACCUUCGUGUGGGUCUGCUGCUGGUCAGCUCUUUCUUUCUUGUUAUCAGUGUUCUUGCCUUCCCCAACGGUCCUUUCACAAGACCGCAUCCCGCUAUAUGGCGCAUGGUUUUUGGUCUCAGUGUCCUUUACUUCCUAUUCCUGGUGUUCCUCAUCUUCCUGAACUGGGAUCAGGUGAAGGCGUUGUUGUAUUGGCUGGACCCCAAUCUACGUUAUGCUACACGAGAAGCAGAUGUCAUGGAGUAUGCAGUAAACUGUCACGUGAUCACAUGGGAACGCAUCCUGAGUCACUUUGACAUUUUUGCCUUCAGUCAUUUUUGGGGCUGGGCCAUGAAAGCUCUUCUCAUCCGCAGCUACGGCCUCUGCUGGUCUAUCAGCAUCACAUGGGAGCUCACAGAGUUGUUCUUCAUGCACCUCCUGCCAAACUUUGCAGAGUGCUGGUGGGAUCAAGUCAUUCUUGACAUCUUGUUGUGCAACGGAGGGGGCAUUUGUCUCGGCAUGACUGUGUGUCACUUUUUAGAGAUGCGUACCUACCACUGGGCCAGUAUCAAGGAUAUCCACACAACCACAGGCAAGCUGAAACGGGCUGUUUUGCAGUUCACUCCGGCCAGCUGGACGUAUGUGCGCUGGUUUGACCCCAAAUCCUCUUUUCAGAGGGUGGCUGGAAUCUAUCUUUUCAUGAUAGUAUGGCAGCUCACAGAAUUGAACACCUUUUUCCUGAAGCAUAUCUUCGUAUUCCAGGCCUCUCAUCCUCUCAGCUGGUGCCGGAUCCUCUUCAUUGGGAUCAUCACUGCCCCCACAGUGCGGCAGUACUACGCAUAUCUAACAGACACCCAGUGCAAAAGAGUUGGAACACAGUGUUGGGUGUUUGGGGCCAUUGCUUUCCUGGAGGCCCUGGCUUGUAUCAAAUUUGGACAAGACUUGUUCUCCAAAACACAGGUUCUUUAUGUUGUCCUUUGGCUUUUGUGUUUGGCUUUCAUUACUUUUCUCUGUCUAUAUGGUAUGGUUUGGUAUGAGCAGAAUUAUGGGAAGAGGCUGAAGUACUUUGCAGACUGUGACGACAGCAUCCUUACUGAACCAUACGACUGCAUUCCCGAAACUGCCAAAGAGAGAAACUCCAGUAGUAAUUCCACUUCAUCACGGAGAAGAAAAGGAGGCUCUGGAAAAAACAAAACAAUCAAUGGAACAAGCAGCAAGAAAUGACCACAGCUAGAGACCAAUGAUCUCUCAAUGGGCCACAAGGGGUGAAAGAAAGAAUCUGUGGUAAACGGUUGAAGAGAGGUAAAGCGGUUAGCUGAGAGAUAGUGUGCAGACACAAGAAGCGGUUCUAUAAACAGAGGACACAUUCCAAACCACAAGCCUCUGUCUUUGCAAUGUACUGUUGUACACUAGUUUUCAUUUUCAUAGCACUUGGAAAGAAGCAAUGAUUUGUGGUAUGCACACCUUCCAGUGGCACUGAUGUGGCUUUCAUAUGUCGGAAGCGUCUGAGCCAGUGAAUGUUUUGUGAUGGCCCUCCUAAUGAAAGGAGCUCAAUGCUGCCAGGCUUUCUGUAAAAAGUUAUGGGAGCGUUAACUUAACUUAUACAAAAUUAUUUCUUAUUUACAGUGUUGUUUAUGCAGACCAAGCCCUCUCUUAAAUUUUGCACAUAGUUCUCCACUUGACCUGUAACCAGUGAUUAUUUUGUUGACCUACCUAUGCAUUGAUCAGGGUAAGAAUUUGUAUGCAACAUUUCAUUGUGAGCGUAAAAACAAGCUCUACAUUUGUGAAAAACCUUUAAGCACUUGUUUUAAUGCACUAUGAUCUUGGCACAAAUGUUCUAUUAUCACAACCGUUUUUCAGUCUUCUUAUAUCUGAUCUUUUAAAGUAAAACUUCAGAGUGGUUGAAGGAGAGGCAGGUCAUGACCUUUUGCAGUAGGAGCUGUUGAUUUACUUAAGUGUAAUAUGAGGCAGCUUUUUUGGCAACAUGUAAAGGUGAUUAGAAAGUUUAGAAAUGAUGACAAUCUGUAUGUUGUGUCAUUUUUUUUUCUGUACUUUUAUUGUUUUUGCGUAUGUUAACUUUUGUGGUAAGAUUUAUUCCUGUGUUAGUAUGUGUGGCAAGUGCAUACAUGAUUUUAGACCAAUAAUAUUUUCUGCGUGAGGCCUUUAAAUGACUAUGCAUUUCUACAUACAAUUUUUUGAAAUCGUAAUUUUUGUAAAACCUACAUUUAGGAUUUUGUGCUGUUUUUGUAAGCAGGAAUGUAAUUUUUUUCCAUGGGUUAUUAAUACUAAAUGGUAGCAUGUGCUUAUAUUAAGGUACUAUCACAUUUUGUCUUAUUUAAUUGUUUUUUACAUUCUAUUUUUCAUGGA